UAAAUAGAUUUGUCACAAGAAUUUGGCAAACGUCAUACAUUUAUUUCUUUAAAUGAAUUGUUACUAAAAUAUGAAAAUCUGUGUUUUAUUUCCACUGUGUCUUGUUACCUAUUUAACGGGGGCGGCGGCUGAUUCCGAUAAUGAAGUCAAAAGAGGAAUAUUCCCCUUCAUGGGAUUCAUUUACUAUCAAGACGUGUCAGUAGUGGAUGAGACUGGGAAGCGGUUCAGACGUAGCGCUAUUCUGAUCCAAUCGAGCUGGCUAAUCUCCUCGUCUCUAGACCGCGGCGAAGGGCAGGUCUUCCCGCACAAGACACUCAUUGCCAGGUUGGGCUCUGUCACCAUUGACCCCAAUUUCAACUUUAACGAAGACGAGGAAGAACAAGAACGAGAGGUGAUACAAAUUGUGCAGCCGUACAAUUUCAAUGCAACGCAAUGGUCGUUUUAUGAUGUGACCUUGUUGAAGACGCUGUUCCCUUUCAAUGUUACUUCUGUAAUAUCGCCGAUCGGCCUAAACUACAAGCGAAACAUAAUGUUGACAUCUUCUUGUAAGAUUCUUGUUUAUGCGAGGAGGUUCAAUAACAUUUCGGAAGACAGCAUACUGAUGCAAUUAACUGUAGAGUUACUGAACCCGUCAACCGAUUGUGGCGCCAACUACCAGCAAGAAACGAUGAUAUGCGGCGCUGAUGGAGAAGAUAAUAAGAAUUUCAACUAUGAAACUGAUUUUUGCCAAGGUAACUCCGGUGGACCUCUUCUUUGUGAAGGCGAAGUUAUCGCUCUGCAGACUUACGUCAACGAAUAUUGUAGACAACCAUACUUGUUCCAAUAUCUGCCAUCUUGGGAGAAGUUCGUUAACUGUGGCAUUGAAGAGCGCUGCGACGAGGAAAUGUGCAAUACGACAUGUAGUACUAUCAACAAGGAUACUCCAGCGAAUGAAAUUAAUGCUGCGACUAGCGAUAUGGCGACUAUAGUAAUGGAUGCAAAAUUAGAUACCGAGCGUACUACAACAUCAACUACGCCAUCUACCGCCACUGAAAAUACCAGAGAAACUAAGAAAAUACUUAAGGAAAGUGAUGCAGUCCCACCAACUUUAACUGCAGCAACGGCUGACCAAACUACUGUGAUUAUAUUAACUGAAAACGCUGUAAUAAACAGAUUUGAUGAGGAGAGAGCAACCACGUGGCCUAGUAAAAUUAGAGAGAACACAAAAGGCUAUCGUCAUAGCGGAGACUCCGAUACUAUGGAAAGAAAUACAAAUGUAGAAGCUCAACAGCAAAUUGUUUUGACAAAAGCCAGUGACGUCGGCAGCAAUAUCCAACUUUCUAGGUACUUAUUGUUUAGUUUUUUGAUGUUAAUUUUUUUCAUCGCUCAUUAGGUAAUGAGUUUUUGACAAACUAAUUUUGUUUUGUGCAAAUUUCGUGUAUAUUAUUAAAAUUUGUUGCUAUUGAAAAAAAAAUUGUUUAUGAUAUUUUCCUGUUGUUACGUGGAAUCUAGUAAUACUAUCGCAUUUUUUGUACAUUUCUAGCA